AUGGUCUCCACUGCUUCCGAGUUCGCCACCAACUCGGAAUGGCACGACCCGACCGAUGUCCAAGUCCGGAAGAUCAUGAUGGCACGACUCCGGAGUCAUCCAGCACUAGCGCAGCACCAUCCGAUCCUGCAAACUCGCGAGGAUACGGGUACAAGUCCGUCACUGCUGCAACGUCUCGAGUGGAUGUUGUAUCAUUCCGCAGGCUCAUUGGGCGAGUAUCUGCAUCAGCCAUCGCUGGAGCGACGUGUGCAGGGCCUCGUGACCCACUACAAGCGCAAACGCUCAGCUACAGACCCCAGCGAGGCGAUAAUGGAGGCGAUCCGAGCCUCUGCUGCCAAGCGACAGCGUCCACGCUUGGCUAUAACCGAAGCAGAGGUCCGCAACUGCAGCGUCGGGGCGAGAGGCUGUGUGCUUAAUAGCAAUUUGGAUCUGUUGCACCAGGUGUGCAGCUUUCUGGACGGCAAGGACGUACUACGAUGCCGUGGCGUCAACAAGUUCCUGUAUCUGCAUGCUCCUUCCUUUGUAAGGUCUCUACAUAUCGAUGCUGCGUCUGUUCCUAUAGUGGAGACUCGAAACCAAGGCGACGGUGCAGCCAGUGGAUUGAGUAUUUUACUACACGAAUGCCAGAACCUUACAAGUCUCACGAUCUCGAACCAGGCAAACCAGAUCCACCUUAAAGCGGGUGUUGUGUUCCCGCGAGCAUUGACUGCGUCUACCUACAUGGCAUCACUCGCGACUGCGUCGUAUGGCCAUCAAUUGGUUCGUGAAGUAGCCAACGCACUAGAAUCAGGAGCGUGUCCUUCUUUGGAGAGACUGGAGCUCCUCGCUCCGUUCGACUUUGCAACUGAGAGUGACGCGGUGUUCAUGGUGCUAAAUGCACUGAGGAACCCGUUGAAAUAUUUGGUGCUUGACGCAACGUUCCUCGGUGACCAUGGUAUCCAGCAACUCGCCGAGUUAUUCGAGACCAAAGACACAAUUUUUGAGCACUUGGAGACUCUUACAGUGCGCAAUAACUUCAUGGGUGAAUCAGGUUGCCGUGCACUACUGGAAGCCAUCGAAUCGUUCAGUGAACUCCAGACACUGGACCUAAGCCGCAACAUUUUAACCGACACGGACGCAUUUGCACUCGCAGAUUUGCUCGACGAUCCUAUGCCAGAAGAGAAUUUGUACGACGAUUGUAAAAUUUCGUCUGAAGAACAGUUUAAUGUGCUGGGGCUUGCGGGACUGCGGACUUUGAACUUGCAAGAGAAUUUUAUCACUUGUGAUGGGUUUCACGCUAUCACAAUUGCGCUGUGUUCUCGAGAAGGCUUCGUGGCUACAGUCGGUGAUGCCACAGUCCCCUCUGACGAGAGUGAUGAGGAAGAGUGA